UCCAAAGAGAAGGUGAGCCCCCAUUUUUAUAUUUGAAAAAAAAAAUUAAAACGAACGAAGCGGGAUUAGGGUUUUACAGAGAAGAUGAAGAGAAGUCUCUAGAGAGAGAAAUGAAAGAGUUAGGUAAUUUACUGUAUGUAUAUUUAUAUAUAUAAAAACAUACAAACGGUAUCAGCAAGAACAGAGAGAAAAAUAAAAAGACAUUAGAGAGCGAUAUACAUUUGGAAUAUGAUGAAGAGGCAACGGUGUUAUUUGGAUAUAAGUAUAGGAGAAGAGCUUGAAGGAAGAAUAGUAGUUGAACUGUUCAAUGAUGUAGUACCCAAAACUGCAGAGAAUUUCAGGGCUCUAUGUACUGGUGAAAAAGGCAUUGGUCCUAACACUGGUGUGCCUCUUCACUAUAAGGGAGUUCGUUUUCGUCGAGUUAUCAAAGGAUUUAUGGUUCAAGGUGGGGAUAUAUCUGCUGGAGAUGGUACUGGAGGAGAGUCAAUUUAUGGUUUGAAAUUUGAAGACGAAAAUUUCGAAUUGAAACAUGAAAGGAAAGGAAUGUUAUCUAUGGCAAAUUCUGGUCCUAAUACCAAUGGAUCUCAGUUCUUCAUCACGACAACUCGCACAUCUCAUUUAGAUGGGAAACAUGUUGUGUUUGGUAAGGUAGUCAAAGGAAUGGGAGUUGUUCGAUCAAUUGAACACGUAACAACCGGUGAAGCUGAUUGUCCCACUGUCAAUGUUACAAUUGCUGAUUGUGGAGAAAUCCCAGAGGGGGCAGAUGAUGGGAUAUCAAAUUUUUUCAAUGACGGUGAUAUUUAUGCUGAUUGGCCUGCUGACCUUGAUGAGAGCCCCAACGAGCUCUCUUGGUGGAUGACUGCUGUAGAGUCUAUUAAGGCUUUUGGAAAUGAACAUUAUAAGAAGCAAGACUAUAAGAUGGCUCUCAGAAAGUACAGGAAGGCUCUACGAUAUCUAGAUAUCUGCUGGGAGAAAGACGGCAUCGACGAAGAGAAGACUUCGAGUUUGAGAAAAAUGAAAUCCCAGAUAUUCACAAAUAGCUCUGCCUGUAAACUAAAACUAGGGGAUCUGAAAGGAGCACUAUUGGACACAGAAUUUGCUAUGCGUGAUGGAGAUAACAACGUGAAAGCCCUGUUUCGGCAAGGUCAGGCACACAUGGCACUUAAUGAUGUUGAUGCUGCUGUUGAAAGCUUCAAGAAAGCUUUGCAAUUGGAGCCAAAUGAUGGUGGAAUAAAGAAAGAGCUUGCUGUUGCUAUGAAAAAGAUCAAUGAUCGACGCAACGAGGAGAGAAGGUGGUACCGUAAGAUGUUCCAACCAAACUCAACCGGUGCAGAUAGCCAAUAACCUUUUGCUGUUUUACGUAUAGCAAGAUAGUCUCUUACCUUUCGUACAAAAUAGUAGGUUUCAAAUGGAAGCAUUUCAAGCAAAAAUUGAACUGUGAUAAUAUGAGGCUUGAACCAAUUGUUGUUAGAUUAAAAGAUAUGAUGAAAAGGUUAGCUCAGAAGAUCCUUUUGGCCUUUUCUUAGAACAAUUGGUAUAAAAUAAAAGUGUAGAAUUUUUGUAUUGUAUCAAUGGAACAAUUUCUUUUUA